GUUGUCGCAAAUCAUAAGUAGUUCAAUAUCCACGAAUUCUACGUUUAUCUUACGCCAAAGAAUCGGUAUCCAUCAAUUCCACGUCCUCUUCCACAGCAACGUACAGACUCUGAAUAACGAACUGUGUAUUGUUUCCGUGAUUAAUCGAUAUUUUCGAGUAAAAUUCAUGUGGAUGAUUUACCACCGGUUCAAGCACUGUUUGACAUUCCAUACUAAAUAUCUAAUAAAACCUGUGUCGUGAUCAUAAACUCAGGAAUAAUGGCAUCAGCGUCGAGUACCAGUGCUCGGAGUUUAUUCGUUGAAUCAAAGAUUCGUUUGGCUGAUAAAGUCCAGGUGAAUGUAAACAAUAUCGCAUCACUAGCCAGGCAGAUUCAACGUGGAUCCAAGAGUUCUGAGAUUCUAAUGCACGCGGCAAAGAAUUUCGCCCAGCAGGAGCAUGGCCUAGACAACGCUGAAAACAACCUCAACAAGCUCAUGCUCAUAACAUCCCACCUGGAGUAUCAGUUGAAUGCAGUCGACAGAAGCUCAGCGAAGCUGGAGGAUGUUACUGAGCAAGUGAGGGCGAUGCAGCGAUAAUCAAUUAAUUUUCAAGCUCUCCAGGGGAAUAAAACAUGAGAAAAAGAAAUUAUCAUCUAGAGCAAUUAACGAUGAUAACGAAUCGCCAGGUGUCUGCACUCUACACUCGCGAUAAGAGUGACCGUGGAACCUCUGGUGAUGUGACCCAUCACCUUCACUUCCUCUGUACUAGGCCAUCAUACGUUUCAUUUCUGAAGACAACGGUUUUGCUGUCCUCUACCAACGGCCAACGUUUUCCCCACUGGAAGGGAUUGUCAUUUACUUGACAUUCUACUGAGUAAUUCGUCUGGGGCUAGUUUGCCUCGUGCUCUUGAUAGAGAAUGAAAAUAAAAAAUGACUAGACUGAUUGUUGCAACGAUUUGGUGUAUUGCUCGCAUGAGUUAAUGCCGGCGAAUUGAACAAGAGGGGCGGCUCAUGAGGCGCACAAUCGUCGAAUCGUUGUUUCCUGGCGUAUAGGAGUGAACGCAACUGCCAACAGUAGUUUCAGUUCGUUUCAGUCCACAUUCAGACACGCCACCGCACGGUUCAACGUCGACGUCGUCUUCAUGACGUUCGUUAGUGUGCCAAACAUUAAAAUUCGUUGGCAAUUGAUCUAUUGAGAUUUUUCGACAGCCCUCCCUGCCAAGUUUCUAGUUCACUUGUGAUUUUUAAUCAAUGUGGGAUGACUCUUCAUUUAUGAG